AAAGAGCCACAAGUCUCCAUGUCCGACGGGCUAUGACAACGUCACUUAUACUUCGCCCGCGCUGGAUUGAUCCGAUCAUGUUUCUCUAUGAUAACGGCGGUGGUCUGGACGAAUCUGGAAAAAACAUGGACGGGUUCACGGGGGGCAACUUCUCUCCGAGUCCUUGCAGGAAUUUGAUGGCUCAUCCUGGCUCUCUUGCGCCCAGCGCUGCGUAUCCGUCUAGCGAAGUAGCUGCAGCAGGAGCGGGUGAGCCUGGCAAGCAAUGCAGCCCCUGUUCAGCCGUUCAGGGAUCGGCAAGCGCUUCACUCUCCUACGGGUAUUUCGGUGGCGGAGGAUAUUACCCUUGCCGAAUGUCACACCAUCACGGGGCCGGUGGCGGUGUUAAAACAUGUGCCCAGUCCCCCGCGUCUGCCUCGCCGUAUGGGGAAAAAUUCAUGGACACGUCCGCUUCGACAGGCGAAGAUUACACCACCUCGCGCGCCAAAGAGUUUGCCUUCUAUUCAAGCUACGCCUCGAACCCUUACCAGCCAGUUUCAAGUUACCUGGAUGUCCCUGUGGUCCAGGCAAUGAGCGGGCCUGCAGAGCAGCGGCACGAGACCCUAUUACCUAUGGAGAGUUACCAACCUUGGGCUAUCACGGCGAGUAGCUGGAACGGACAGGUCUACUGCACCAAAGAACAGCCACAGACGGGACAUCUAUGGAAGUCGUCUGUACCAGAAACAGUAUCUCAUGGAGGAUCAGACGGCAGCUCUUAUCGACGUGGGAGAAAGAAACGCGUUCCAUACACAAAGGUUCAGCUAAAGGAACUUGAACGCGAAUAUGGCACCAACAAGUUCAUCACCAAAGAUAAACGCAGACGGAUAUCCACUCAGACCAAUCUGUCUGAACGACAGGUUACUAUCUGGUUCCAGAACCGACGGGUAAAGGAGAAAAAGGUCGUCAAUAAAUUAAAAACCAGCAGUUAGCUUGACUCUGGAUAAAUUAGGGGACAACGAUCGCCCACACACUCAAAUAUGUGUUUCAGAGUUAUGAAACAAUAGACGUUUAUUAGACGAAUAUUUGUUUCUCCUGGACUACUGCUCUGAAUACACUUUGGAUCGGACAGGGUUGAAUGGUGACGCGGUGCGUCAUUUUGACGCCGCACCAGGUGUUGGCGAAAACUGUAUGGCCAUAUUCCCAACUCAGGACAAAAGAGGCCGACAUAUACCUGUUGUGUUGUGAUUAUUUACUUCUCGAGCAAUAUCUAUGUUCAAAAAUAAUUUUGAAUUUACGCCCCUGUAACUCUAUUAGCAUGGUUUGAGUCGAUUCAGUCUUCAAUGACGUCCAGUGUCAGUCUAUUUGAAAUGUAAUUAAAAUAUCUUUUUUCUUCGCCUCAUGCUGGAUAAUAUGAGGUAUGGACCCAGAUGUUUAUCAUAUUAAUGUGUGGUUAUUUCACUGCCAAAUAGGCUAGGCCUACACUAUAAAAUUACUGUGUGUUGGAAUAGCUUUGUGUUUUGUCGUUGUAUUUGUGUUUCUCAAAAAUCCGUCCUAAUAAAACAUUGAUAAGAAAACAAUGCAAGAAGACGUUAUAUAUAUAUUACAUAUUUUACCACACUAGACGACAUCGAAAAAUCACAAAAAAACUACAAAUAAAAAUUCUCGAACAUAAAUUUGAUUUAAACACAUCGGUCACAAUUUUUGUAAACGUCAGAUGUUCAAAAAGAAAGUGAUUUGUUGGAUGGGAUGGUGCGUAAAGUGUUUUUAUGGACUGCAUUACCAAAUAUAUUAGUAUUCAAUCUGUGAUAUCUCUUUAUGUCUUUAGAAUGUAACAAGAAAUAAUACAUUGUAUGUGCUUUGAGCCGUGGGCAAGAUAAUGGCGAGAACGGUAGAACAAUGGCGCCAUCUUCCGUUGGACGUUUGUAAGUGGAAGUAGAUGAUCUUGGUCGUGCACAACCACGAACAGUUCCAGCUGUAGGCUACUUGUCUACACAGUUGCUUGUCCUAAUUUAGUACCACCAAAUUCAAGUUUAGGCCUACCUGUUUUAGAGAAAAGUUUUAAUAAACGUAAAACAUGCUUUUUCUUAAACAUUUUAGUAGUUUUUGUAACUGCCAUUGUUGUAGACGAUUGAACAUUGAUUGUAUCAUUGAAGUUAAAGACUGAUAAACUGAAAUACAUCGUCCAAAUUAUACAAAAUAAAUGUAUUUAGUUCUGAGAUUAAGAUUAUUUUUGCUUUUAGAAAUUGACAGCGACAUAAAGUAAUAACGUUUCUAAUCUCGUUUUUUUUUUGACAUACACAGCCAUUCAAAAUAUAAGCGUCACUUAUUUGUUUCAUGUCAACGGUUUUUUCCACAGUUUAGAAUAAUUGUAAACUCAUCAAAACUAUUGAAUAACACACGUGUCGGAAUUGUGUGGUGACUUAAAAUGUUGGCUACAUUUACAAUUACAAUUUACGUUUUAUUGAAUAAUUUCAGUGUAUUCACCCUUUGCCUGAAGUUUUUUAAAAAUGUUAUCUUGGCAUUAAAUCAACUUUUUGAGGCCUC